AUGAAUCUUCUUUGGGCAUCAGUGGGUGUAGCUCUCCUCGCAUACUGCGCCGCUUUAUAUGUCGGUCGUGUGAUUCGACGCAAGCAUGUGUCGCAGUACACAUGUGCCUUGGAGCUCGACACGCUGGGACGAAGGCUUCCUCACGAAAAGAUUAAGGGAACAGCGGUCAUUUGUGGUGGAAGUGUCGGGGGUCUUUUAGCGGCUCGGGUCGUUAUCGUUGAACCGGAAGCAUGGAUGAACACUCCCGACGCGGCGCGCACUGAUCCCUGGAAUCAAGGGAGCAAGCGCUCGCGAGUGAUGCAGUACGAAUCUCUGCAUGGCACUCUAGCGAUGGGAUACAACAUCUUGACCAAGCUCUUCCCUGAUAUCGAAGAAAAGAGUCAUGCGUCUGGCAUCAAGAUCAUUCCCUCCGACUUUUAUGUUCAUAUGUGGGGAAACGUGACUCGGUCUCCGUAUGCCGAAUAUGGCGGCAGUCUCCCAAAGACUAUGUGCGCCGGCCGUGCUGGUAUUGAGACACUUAUGCGCCGUUUGGUUCUGGGUGGGGAGUAUAAGAACAUCCGUCAGAUUAUUGGCACGGUUACUGGUGUUUCUCGAAGUCCUCAUAAUCCUGGAUAUCUAGAGGAGGUCACGGUCCGUACUUCUGAAGGCACACAGAACAUCCGCGCAGCUCUUGUCGUUGGUCCUGCAGCUGCUAGUCUGAAAUGGCUUCGGCGAGAAGGAUAUGGAUUUGCUGAUAAAUAUACAAGGAAUCAGCUUCCUCUCGACGAACUGAAGAUUGCUUAUGACCAGAAACUUCAUUAUUCCACGCUCCAAUUCCAUGUCACGCCUGAACUAGGGAGGAAGGCUCCCUGGCCUCCCGACUUCGAUGGAGACAUCAUUCUUUGGGUGACAGCAGCCUCCCGGAGACUCUUGAGGAAGGCAAGGCUUUCAUCGCGAAGUCUCGUCACUGAGAAGCCUAUUCCUGAGACGUUUUUCGCGAUGUUGGACAUGCUGGACGAAGUGAAGGAUACUAUGACUUGCAGUCGAGUUCGGUUCCCUGGUUCCAGCCACAUCAGAUAUGAGAGGGCCGUCAACUUACCAUCUAAUUGGGUAGCGCUGGGCGACAGUGUCAUGAGGGUGAACCCGGUUUAUGGACAAGGAUGUUCCAAGGCUUUCUAUGGCGCCCUUUGUCUAAAUAAGCUGCUGUGUAACUCGACGUCUAUACCGAAAGACUUUUCGAAGAAGUACUUUAGCAGUCACGCAGAAAAGAUCAAACCGAUUUGGGCGUCACUCAAAGCCGGUGAUUACGCUUAUAAAACGACAAUUCCAGUCCCGGGGGAGACUUUAUCUGAGGGCUCAUGGGCCCGGUGGUACGCUAAGAAGCUAACCAUUCUAUCGUUCACUGAUGAGCAAGCGGGCUCGGCGAUGUGGCAUGUCAGAAUGCUCCUCGCUCCACCUAUUGAUGUGUUACAGUUUGGGCUUAUACUCAAAGUGGCUUGGAGCCUCGUCAAAGGGUGA